AUGCGCUGCAGUGUGGGGCACCGUCCCCUCUCAGGUGAUUCAGGUCCCCGUGAUGCUGCAGGCUCCAGGUACCAAUUAACACUUACUAAUACUCCUGAACGCCACCACGACCUCUCUGCUCUGCUCUCCAGCCCGUUCCGGUCCCUGCGAGCCCCACGGAGCCCCACGGCAGCCAGGUGUAAGCAGGUCCCCACGCCCCAGCACAUCUCUGGGGCGAUGCUUCUCCCCAGCCGCUCCCACAGGGCUCCUCAGUGCAGCCAGACCGACCCGACCGGCCGGGCAGGAGCGGGCUUUGUGCUGCGAACGCAGCUCCGUGUUUCGGGUGCUGCUGUCACCAUGGAAGGGGAGCCAGGAGGGAGUUGGAGGUCACUUGCUGCCAGCCUGGUGCUAGUAGAGUUCACUCCUCCUACCCCCUCGAAAUUCAUGGACCCGAGACUGCAAAUGACUUCUGGAAGUGCAAUUCGUUGCCCUUCUCCUCAGUCUGAGUCAGGAACGGUCCCUCCGGCAGUGGCGGGGGGUGACAAGGGGCAGGACAGGCCUGGCUGUGCCUCUGUGUGCUGGGGGCGGGCGCAGCGGGGCCCCCGCCGCUACCCCGGCAGCGCCAGUGCCACCGUCCCCGGGGGCGCGGUGCCUUUCCAAGGGGUCGUUCCCCGCCGCGGAGCUGUAGCACAUCCCGGGCUGCUGAGCGCCGACCCGCCGGUGUCCCCCGCCCCGGGACCAGCCCGGCCCUGCCCCGCCGCCCCCCCGCGCCGCCGGCGCUCGCACUCCGCAGGCGCGGCCGGGCCGGGCCGCCCCGCCGGGGCGCGGGGGGGGCGGGACGGCGGCGGCCCGUGGGGCGACACAGCGGCGGCAGCGCUGGGACCGCGGCGGCCGCCGGGCUCGCCGGCAGACCGACGGACGGACGGACGGACGCAGCGCCGCACGGGGAGGCGGCGGGGCAUGGGGAAGCGCGGCCGGCCGCGGAGGGAGCCGCGGAGCGCAGGGGCGGCCGGCGGGGCCCGCUGCCCCCUCGGGGACAUCUGCAACACGAGCCCCGCGGCGGGCAUGGACACCUUCCUCUACAACGUGCAGGUGCUGCUGGAGGCCGCCAGCUACCUGGAGCGGAUCGAGAAGGAGAAUAAAAAGUGUGAACACGGCUAUGCCUCGACCUUCCCCUCAGUUCCAAGCCCUGGACUACAAGAGCCAAAGGCCACGCGGAGGCUGAGCCGGGCACGGAAAUACAGCGGCAGCGGCAGCAUUGCCAGUAUGGCCACCAGGUACAGUGUGGGCAGGACAGCACAGGGGCAGGGCUGGCUGGGGGGGUAGAAGCUGCAGAAAGUU